AUGGCUUAUAUACUGCCAAUUCUGCUGCUGGUUAGCCAAAUGACAGUUUUAAUCGUGGCGCAGUAUUCCGACCCCUCAUCUGGACCAUAUUGUGGUAAAAAGAACAUCUGCUGCAAGGGCAGGGAAGACAGGUGUGCUCAUGAAGUUAUUUAUGAAGGAGGAGACACAAUGUGUUACUGCGACCAAUUUUGCUACAGGCCACAUGGACGAGGCGACUGCUGCGAAGAUUACCAUACUGUUUGUGUUUUGAAUGGAACUACUACUCCGGUUCCAACAACUGAACCUCCUACUCCAACCACUCCAACUGUCACUGAAACCACCCGGGCACCAGCUUUUUUAAAUGCAACCUGCAGUACAUCUUGUUACAACGACCAAGAUGACAAGUGCAGCAACCAUAGGUGUUUGAUUCAAGAUGAAAUCAUCAAACAAGUAAACAACGAUAGGUAUUUAAAGUGGCGCGCUUCUGAUUACAGCCAGUUCUCCUAUAAGAAGCUCAAAGAUGGACUCGUAUAUAAACUUGGUACAUUUAAACUAAACCCAGCGUUAUUCCGUAUGGGUGCUGAACGCUAUGACAAUGAUGAGCCGUAUCUUCCUCAAUUUGAUGCCAGGUUGAGAUGGCCUCACCUCAUUUCGCCAGUUGUGGAUCAGGGUUGGUGUGGAUCUGACUGGGCAGUUUCCUUGGCUACUAUUGUUUCGGAUAGAUACGGGAUCCAGUCUAAUGGUGCCGAAAAAGUGCGCCUGAGUCCCCAGACUCUGUUAUCCUGCAAUGUCCAAAGACAACAGGGAUGCAAGGGUGGUCACCUUGACAUAGCUUGGCGAUUUGCACAAGUCUUUGGGUUGGUAGACGAGGAGUGCUUCCCGUAUCAGGCGGACCAAAACUCAUGUCCGUUCCGACUUGAAGACGAUUUGCUUAGUGAUGGUUGCGAGCCUGUGGUGCCGGAACGACGAGAGAGGUAUAAGAUUGGACCCCCCAUACGUCUGGAUCGUGAAAGGGAUGUCAUGUACGAUAUCUUUAAUUCAGGACCAAUUCAAGCGUAUAUGGAAGUAUACCAAGACUUCUUCCACUACAAGACUGGUAUUUACCGGCACUCCAAAUAUGGUAAUCAAAUAAUGAAGGGAUACCAUACCGUCAGGCUGGUCGGGUGGGGUGAAGAGGACAAUCAGAAAUUUUGGAUUGCUGCCAACAGUUGGGGAACAGAAUGGGGAGAGAAGGGAUAUUUCCGCAUCGCUCGCGGCGUCAACGAAUGCAAGAUCGAGUCUUUCUUCAUUUCCGUCCUUUGUUACGUCACAGAGUCCUAA